AUGGCUAAUCUCCCUAACUUGCGGCGUCUUUUCGUUGAGGCUCGUACAGAGGCCGAGGAAAGCGAGUACUCCCGAACAGCGUUCUACAACCUAGUUCUCUUUCUUUCCUCGGUCGCUGUAUUCAGCCUAACUGCCCAACGUAUGGGUGGCCCCAAGCCCGGCCGGUGA